GCUUCCUCUUCUCUUGAUGCUGCUACUGUGGUGCGUAGGAGUUACCUUUGUGGAAUGCACGCUAAUCUUGUCUCUUUCUCUCUCUUUUCGAGCUGACUUUCUACGACGUGAGAUAUGACGAAGCAGCAGCGCGUGACGAUCCCGCCGGAGCUGCGAGCCAUCGCUCGGGCCGUCGCGGAUGCUGAUGUGCAUCAGUUCCCUGACCUCGCGCCGGCUCCCGGGCACACCCGGCCCUCCCUCGAUGCGCUGCGUAACCUCACGACGGAGCUGAACAACGGUGUUCCCCUCACCGUGCAGGAGUUCAAGUUCUUCCGCGCCGCCUACGCUGAGUGUCGGCAGCACCUACACAGCGUCACCAAUGGCGCCAUGACCUCUGGCACCCCCGUCGCCGAUGUGUUGCUGCUCGCGGCGCGCAUGGAUUCACUCUGCACCGACCUCGGUGUCUCGCUGCUCGCCCUCUUUCCCUCUUUGCGCGAGAUGCAUUCGUACCUGCUGGAGCUAAGCGACAAAUUGGCGGUAGGACGCGGGGAAGGCCAACACCACUCGGACGUGCUGCUGGACCGACUUGUGCGAGUGGUGCAGCUCAUCCUGGAGCGGGCCGAGCAGGCCCUCAGGUGGUACGAGUCGUGGGAGGCGCAGCGAGGAAAGCCGAUGGUGGAGCAGAGUAUUGUGGAUCUGAUGAGCAUCACCACCACCGUCGCCGGCUCCCCGUUGCCUUCCGGGACGUCGUUCCCCACGAGAGACGCCUCGACGCGACGGGUGAGUGUGGCGGCGACGGACGGCAACAUCGGGCAGCUGAGCCCGGCGCAGCGGCGCUCCGUCGUGGAGGCGGGUGGUUCCUUCGCAGCGGCAGAGCACAACCCGUUUUCUCCCAUUGCACCGCACCGCUCCACCAUCACCACCGCCACCGCCACCGUUGCGGACGCCGCGCCGCCUCGCCCCCUCAGCGGCAAGCGGCGGCUGCCGGCGAACGUGACCGACGCCCUGGCGAGCGUGAACGCCGACCUGGACGUGCACUUCGCGCACCUGCGGUGGUACGUCUCGGUGACGGACCGCGGCGCCGUCUACUUCGAUGCGCGCGACUAUCUGGAAGAAAACGUACUGCGAGCCGCGUGGGAGCGCUACGUGGGCCGCAACCGGGCCGCCUGUUCUGCGGAGGACUUCUUUCCGUUUUUGAAGCUCUUCCCUGCGUGGACGCACCCGGCGGUGCUGUCGGUGGUCGACUUCAAAGAGUGCGGGGUUGUCUCCGUGUACUCGCUGCGUCGCCUGCUGCGUGUGUGGGGCCCGCUGCAGCUGCUGGAGGUGAACCUGCGCCACGACAUCGACCACGGCGCGGUGGAUUUGUCGCAGCCGUUUGCCUACCUCGCCGCCUCGCUCGCCUCACGCCCCGACGCGCAAGUGGGCGACUACGUGAUUGGUCUGUCCGAUGUACUGGGCGAGCUGCGCGUGGCGGUGCUGCGCCGUGCACGCGGCUAUCACUGGCAUCAGUGGGCGGGCGCCUCUGAAAACACCCGCAAGUUCUCGCCGACGAAGUUCGCCGGCAGCCAGGGCGAAGGGGAGCCGGAGUCGUCGCAGACGAGCCCCACGUCACGCAAGCCGUUCAGCACCGUCUCCUACACCUUAAGCCACGACACCGGUGCAUGGAUGGUGCAGGGGCUGACCCGAGAGGAGUUUGACUCGGCCGCGGAGGCCUGCAAGGCGUUCCCGGAGAUCUUUCAGCGUCCUCGCGGGCAGCUGCUGAUCGGCGCGCAUUCGCACCGCCUGCACUUUGGCCUCUCUGCCGCUCCAGGUCUCUUCCCCACACCGGUCACCCCGACGCAGGAGUUCAGUUCGCCCCUCGAGACGGUCGACGGCAACGUGUCGGCGCUGCACCGCGCGUGCUACCGCAACAACGCCCGCUACGUGCACACCCUGCUCGACCGCGGCGGGGGCACCGUCGUGAACAGCGCGUUGGUCGACCCGCUGGUGGGGGAGUCCUUCUGCUGGACACCGCUGCUCUGCGCGGUGAACAACCCGCACAGCGACCCGGUGGAUGUGGUGCGGCUGCUCCUGGAGGCGGGAGCGGAUGUGCAGUACCACGACGACGCCGACUGCACGGCGCUCUACUACGCCAUCGCGAAUCGCUACGCAGAGACGACACGGGAGCUGAUGGAACACUGCCCGACGCUGCAGACGUCGCCCUACACAGUGCCACUGCUCGUGGCGAUUGGUGCCCACGACUGCCACCUGCGGGAGUGCGACAUUCGCCGGCUGGUCGAGGUGGUGCCGUCUGCCGCCGUGCUGAGCGUGGUGGUCGCCUAUGAGUCGGACAUGUCCCUCGUCGCCUUGGCCUCCAACAUCGUGGAGGAGAAGGUGAACGGCCGGCACUACGUCGCGACGAAUGCGGAGCGGCGCAUGGUGGCGGAGCGCUGUGCGGCGGGUGCGGCUGGGGCCGAUCGCUUUACCGCUGUCGAGGAACAGAGGAUUCAGGAGUGGGUUGCGCAUCACACGCACUGCUGCCUGCAGGCGCGACUGGAGGUGGAGGAGGCCGUGCGUGUGCUGUACGCGCGCGAAUACGUGCUAUCGUGGCGGGUGUGGCUGAAGUUUCUCGACUGCUCUGCCGAGGAGAAGCGGCUGGUUACCCGCCUGGCUCCGAUAUACCCGCUGGGCAUGAUGCACACCAAACCUGUUGGACACGCACGCAACGUGGUCGUCGCGGCGCAUCUUUCGGCGGACCCUCCCCCGCGUCGUCUUGGGGCGCUGCAGCAGGCGAUGCGGUCGUCCGCUGAUGAACGCACCUUCGGAAGCUCGUUGUUCAGGGCUACCCCGACGGCCCCCUCUAACUACGUGAUUUAA